AUGGAAGAAAAUGAUCAGAAUAACCAUCCAGUGGACAAUCAGGAGUCGAGCAACGAGUCUAACCGAGCCAUCAUGCCGCUUCUUCAGGCGCCGGGCAACCAGCUCCCUCACCGGAUCACUAACUUUUUCAUCGACAACAUCUUACGGCCGGACUUCGGCAAAAGGAAAGACGGCCACCGCGAUCAGAGCCACGUCCCUGGGAGAGAGAACGUCAGCCCGUUGGCCGUGGUAUCCGGACAGAGCGGAGGCAGUCCGCCCGGGCUGGGAGGAGGAGGAGGAGGAGGUGGUGGUGGCGGUGGUGGUGUCGAUGUGGCGGGAGAAGGGGCGCUGAGGAACGGCGAGAGCGCCGAGCAGUCCCAAAGCUCGGAUUCCGACAGCUCCCACAGCAGCACCAGCGCAGUUUCCCAACCCAUGCUCUGGCCUGCCUGGGUUUACUGCACUAGAUACUCGGACAGGCCUUCUUCAGGUCCCAGGUCCCGUAAACCAAAGAAAAAGACUCCCAAUAAAGAGGACAAACGACCGAGGACAGCGUUCACUGCCGAACAAUUGCAGAGACUGAAAGCCGAGUUUCAGACUAACCGCUACCUAACCGAGCAACGCCGGCAGAGCUUGGCUCACGAACUCAGUCUCAACGAAUCCCAAAUCAAAAUCUGGUUUCAGAAUAAGCGAGCCAAAAUCAAGAAAGCUAGCGGAUCAAAGAACACACUGGCACUCCAUUUAAUGGCGCAAGGACUUUAUAACCAUUCCAGCACGGGGAAAGAAGACAAGGAAGAAAGUGAAUAG